CGCGCGCACAAAAACUCCGUUCCCACCGUUUCGCAUCGGCCGACAUUUGUUCUUGUUCCCGGCCGCCGUCUCCUCCCCCUUCUCUCCUCCUCGCCGUCUCCAACUCGCCUGCAUGUCGUCGUUGUCCGCCUCGAUCCCCGCCGAAGAUGGCUGCGGUGGCGCGGGAGUUAGAGCCAAGAGGGGGCGGCUGCGGGGCCUGGUGUUCGACAUGGACGGGACGCUGACGGUGCCUGUGAUCGACUUCGGCGCCAUGUACCGGGCCGUGCUAGGGGAGGAGGGAUACGCAGCCCACCGCGCCGCCAGAGCCUCCGCCGGUGGCGUCGACAUCCUCCAUCAUAUCGAGUCGUGGGCACCUCAGGAGCAGCAGCGUGCGUACGAGAUCAUCGCCCACUUUGAGCGUCAGGGUCUCGAUCGCCUCCAGAUCAUGCCCGGUGCUUCGGAACUUUGCAGGUACCUGGACUCUAGGCAAAUAAGGAGAGGUUUGAUAACUCGCAAUGUCAACAUGGCAGUUGAUAUAUUUCAUCAACGGUUUGGGAUGGAAUUUGUCCCUGCACUAAGUAGGGAAUUUCGUCCUUAUAAGCCAGAUCCAGCUCCUUUGUUGCAUAUAUGUUCAAUAUGGGAUGUUCCUCCAAGUGAAGUCAUGAUGAUUGGUGACAGCCUCCGGGAUGAUGUGGUUUGUGGGAAGCGAGCAGGAGCUUUCACAUGCUUGCUUGACGAAACAGGGAGGUAUGGCUCUCCUGACUCUUACACUGAUGAUAUAAGACCAGACUUCAAGGUAUCAUCACUUUCCCAAGUGCUUUCUUUGCUGGAAACCCAUUUCGAUUUGAUGCCACAACCUCAGACGACUUAGAGAACCUUCCUGCUCAAUUGGGCAUAUUUUUUUGACUGAUUAAGUUGUGCUGCUUUCAUCGACUCUUGGUUGAUCCGCGAUAUAGUUUUGUGCUCAUUUUUUUCUACUGUUGACUCAAAAACGAAAAUUCAUGUCUUGGAGAUUAGUGUAAGUUGUAAAUUUAAAGUUUCCUUUAUCACAGUUACCUAAUGAGUAAAUUCAAGACGGUUGCUGACAAUGAUAUAAGUUGUUUUAA